CAGCGCUACACACAAGGCGCGCGCGUGUGCCUGUCACCAAGAGGUAACGGAAGAAAGAAGACAGUGUAUAAAGGAAAUCAGCGUGUGACGCUGGUGCAGACAUGGACCUGCGCUCGGAGCUACUCAAGUCCAUCUGGUACGGCUUCACGGCACUGGAUUUGGAGAAGAGUGGAAAGGUCUCCAAGUCUCAGCUGAAGGUGUUAUCACAUAACCUCUGCACAGUGCUAUGCAUCCCACAUGACCCAGUUGCUUUGGAGGAGCAUUUCCGUGAAGAUGAUGAUGGUCCAGUCUCCAGUCAGGGUUACAUGCCCUACCUCAACAAAUACAUCCUGGAUAAGGUAGUUGAAGGCUCCUUCAACAAGGAAGAUGUGGAUGAGUUGUGUUGGACCCUGACAGCCAAGAAAAACUACAAACCCAACAAGAGUUCAAACACAGUUCUGACAAACCAGGAUGCAUUUCGGCUUUGGUGCCUUUUUAACUUUCUGUCGGAGGACAAGUACCCGUUGGUGAUGGUCCCUGAUGAGCUGGAGUACCUACUCAAGAAGCUGUGCACAGCAAUGAGCAUUGAGCUCAAUUGUGUUGAACUGGAGGACCUAUUCUCCCAAGACUCGGUGCAGCAGAAACGCAUCACUGUUUGGGUUUUCUUGGAGAUGAUGGCUGCAGGAAAGGUGACCGCAGGCAUUGAUAAGAGUGUCAUCAACAUGGCUAUUGAGGAAGUCUACAGGGAGAUAGUUGGCGAUGUCCUUAAAGAGGGUUACUUGUGGAAGAGAGGCCAACUCAGGAGAAACUGGAAGGAGCGCUGGUUCACUCUGAGGGCGAGCAACUUGUUCUACUACACUGGAGAAGACCGCAAGGAGUGUCAGGGUAACAUUGCUCUGGAUGGCAACUGCUGUGUUGAGGUACUACCAGACCGCGAUGGUAAAAGGUGCAUGUUUUGUCUAAAAACGCUCUCCAAAACAUAUGAGAUGAGCUCAUCAGACACCAAACAGAGACAAGAAUGGACAACAGCCAUUCAGACAGCUAUCAGGCUGCAUGGGGAAGGGAAAACGUCCCUCCACAAGGACUUGAAGCUGAAGCGGCAUGAGCAGCGUGAGCAGCGCGAGAAGAAGCAGAAGGCCAAGGAGGAGGAGCUGCAAAGGCUCCGUGCCCUCCAGGAGGAACGGGAACGAAAACUGGCGGAGCUGGAGCUCUUGAGGGAGGCGCAGAAGCAGGCUCAGGUGCUCCUGGAGCAGGAUGAAGAGAGGAGGCGCCAGCAGCACGAGCAGCUCCAGCACACCUUAGAGGUGCAGCUGCGGGAGGCAGAGGAGGUGCGAAUCAGCAUGGAGGCGGAAAUGGCUCUGAAAGAGGAGGAAGCGGAAAGGCAGAGAAAAAGAAUCCGUGAGCUGGAGGAGAUGCAGAAGCGACUAGAGGAGGCGCUGCAGCAGGAGAUUAAAGCCAGGCUGGAUGAGGAGGCCUUCCGCUAUGCUCAAGCAGGGUUACUUGCUGAAGAGGAAGAGAAAAUGAAGGCCCUGAUGACCCUGCAGGAGGAGCAGGAAGAGUAUAUCCUGAAGACGCAACGGGAGAAGCUGGAGCUGAAGCAGGAGAUGGAAGCCAAAUCCCAGGCCCUGGACGAGGCGGAGAGGCAGCUUGAGGAGGUUCGAGCCAACCGGCACAGGGUUGACCAGGAUGUUGUGGCUGCUCAAAGAAAACUUCAUCAAGCGAGCACCAACGUCAAACACUGGAAUGUUCAGAUGAACAGACUGAUGCGACCCAUUGGACCCGGCGAUAAAAGACCGUUGUUGAGAAGCUCCCUACCAUCCUUCCAAAUUCCGAGCCAGAGAGAUCCUGGGUUGAAUCUCAGAAGGAUAUCGGUAUCAGACGAUCAAUGUAAAGAAAAUGAGGAAUGCAAAGAAAAUGUUGACGAUGGCCGUCAGUUAGAGAGACGCAAAUCCCAUACUUGAAAUGGAGACCUGAAUUGCAUGAUUCAUACAAGAUGCAUAUCCAACCAAUCGUUGGUAUUUUGGUUGGAGGAGUUGGGUGUUUCAAACUGAAAUAACAGCAUCAAAGUGAAAUAAAAUGUUAAAUAUACUGAACAAUUUUUUUAAAGAUGUUUUAAAUGUCUUAACGAUGUACUGUAUUUGUAUUGUUAAACUCUGGUGCCUGGUCUGGACACAGAACAUGCCUUGGGUGUCUUGUUUGAUUGGUACUGCCAGCAGUUGAGUCAAUGUAAUAUUAAAAUGUAUGUACAUGCAUAAAAGAUAAUAAUACUUGUCAUCAUUUCUUAUUUAGGUGCGGCAGGUGGCUCAAAUUUUCUGUGUAAAAAGAUUAAGAGUAUAUUUUUCUUUAUAUAACAUGUUACUUACUUUUUUACAAUACAUGGAAGGAAGCUCAUUUACAUAAUUUUACUUUCAGUGCCAACAUGACAAGAUGACAAGGAAACCAUAUUCGUAUGUACAUUCAAAUGAUAAAUGAAAAGAAUGACUUUA